GUAUUAUAGUAAUGUAUUUGACUGUAAGAGAACAGAAUGUGCUCCAAUAUGGUGAGCUGAGCCUCUCGUUUUGACAUUAGAGAAAAUAUGGGAUGAGCUGAGACUUCUUGUACCACUUAAUAGGUUGGGGCCUAAACAAACUAGAGUCAUAGGCAAAAAUGGUAAUAUGUUGAUAAACAAUAGUGACCACGCCUUAAGAGAGAGCAUAUGGAAAACUGUAUAAAAGAGUGUGCAAAGACAGGCUCUAUUGCACUGCAGACUUUACAUCUCUGAAAAUAAGGUCUGUCUUCUGGCAUCAAAACCCAAGACUUCACGAGUGAUUCUUCACAGAGGCAGCAGAAGUAACGACACAACUCGAAUGCUUUGUCAUUUGACUGAAUGGGAUUUCUGAGAAGUAGAGCAUCAUGGGUGGAGUGGCAUUGGAUGACGGUGGUUGUAGAGUGAAGGCUCCUGAUGGUGGCUGGGGUUGGGCUGUGCUCUUUGGUUGCUUCGUCAUCACAGGUUUCUCCUACGCCUUUCCAAAGGCUGUCAGUGUCUUCUUCAAGGAGCUGAUUAGAGAGUUUGGGGUGGGCUACAGUGACACAGCCUGGAUCUCCUCCAUCCUAUUGGCUAUGCUUUAUGGCACUGGGCCUUUAUGCAGCAUUUUAGUGAAUCGAUUCGGGUGUCGUCCAGUGAUGUUGGUGGGCGGCCUCUUUGCAUCAUUGGGAAUGAUCUUGGCAUCGUUUGCCACGAGCAUCAUCCACAUUUACUUGUGUAUAGGAGUCAUUACAGGUCUUGGAUUGGCUCUGAACUUCCAGCCAUCACUCAUUAUGUUGAAUCGAUAUUUCAGUGAGAAGCGUCCGCUGGCUAACGGCCUGGCAGCGGCUGGGAGUCCGGUGGCUCUGUGUUGUCUGUCCCCUCUCGGGCAGAUCCUUCAGUAUGAAUAUGGCUGGAGAGGGGGCUUCCUCAUCUUGGGAGGGAUACUGCUGAACUGCUGUGCUUGUGGGGCUUUAAUGAGGCCUUUGGUCCCACCAAAGAAGUCCGAGACCCCUGGAAUUGAAAACACACCGGAUGAUGUCGCCAAACCCAAACCCAAGCUGCUGGACUUCAGUGUUUUCAGAGACCGGGGCUUUGUCAUUUACACCAUCGCUGCCUCCAUUAUGGUGCUCGGUUUGUUUGUGCCUCCAGUGUUUGUGGUGAGCUAUGCCAAAGAGCUGGGAAACGAGGACACGAAAUCCGCCCUCCUGCUCACCAUUCUGGGUUUCGUUGACAUUUUUGCACGGCCCACGUGUGGCAUCAUCGCAGGACUCCGGUGGGUUCGUCCUCGCUGCGUCUACCUCUUCAGUUUUGCUCUCAUAUUCAAUGGCAUCACAGAUCUGGUGGGCUCUUUGUCUAAAGACUACAACUCUCUGGUGGUGUUCUGCAUCUUUUUCGGCAUCUCUUAUGGCAUGGUUGGGGCCUUGCAGUUUGAGGUCCUCAUGGCUAUUGUGGGUACAGAGAAGUUCUCCAGCGCCAUUGGUUUAGUUCUUCUGCUUGAAGCCAUUGCUGUGCUGGUUGGGCCUCCAUCUGCUGGGCGCCUUUUGGACUCCACUAAGAAUUACAUGUUUGUCUUCCUGCUGGCUGGGAUUGAGGUUGUGACGUCAGCUUUAGUGCUGGCAAUAUGCAACUUCCUGUUCAUAAAAAGGAAGCCUGAGGCACCAGAGGCUGCAGUGGAGGCUGGGGAGGCAGUCGAGGCAAAGAAUCACUCCAGUACGCCACCCAUAGGGGAGCCGCACAAGGCCAACGGAAACUCAGAAAAGCAGAGGGAUCCGGGUGACCUGAGACCUGAGAGUGCAGUGGAGGAUCCAACAGAAGUGGAAACAUUUCUUAAAUGUAAAGAUAAGAACAUCACCUGUAGUCCAGAAUCUGAUCUCUGAAGGACAUCAAGACUGACCUUUUCUGCUUAGGUUGGAAAGACACAAACAAGAGCUGCAGUGUUAAUGUGUGUCACUGUGUAGUGUGAUGUGAUAUCCUAAUGUGUGUGCUAUUUACUGACAGAUGACUAUUUAAUCAAUAAUAGAGGCCCACACUUCACUCAUGCUGUUCAAAAUAUCGCAUUUGCACUGCCACACAGAGAGAUCUGGACAAGCCACUCUCUGUAAGUCUGUAGCUCAAAACCACAGACAUUUCUUUGACUUACACCUACGUUAUCUUGGUUAAAGGUGCUGUAAGUGAUUUUAUUAUGGAAUAGUUUGCAGAAAAUUAUGCUGUCUACUGAAUGACUACUGAGAUAUCACACUGAUCCCUGUGACAGUCAUAAACAGUGAAAGAAAAAUUGCCUUUUUUAGCCAAUCAGAACAUGUUUGAGGUGCUUUCUGCCGGUCAAUCAGGCCAUAUAUGAUAAACUGGACAUUGUGAGUGUGAUAGAUUAACUUGGAAGAGCAGUUUUCAUGAGUUUAGAGGGGUGCGAAAUGUUCGCAAUUUCCACGUACACAGCUGAACGUCCUAAAAGGAAAAUAAAGAGAACAAAAAGCGAAAGAAAAAAAAGGCAGGUAUAUAGUGAAUAUCAUUCAAGCUUUUUUUAUUUUCUUCCCUAUUAUGAUGUAUAUCCGAGUGAAACAGAUUCACGAAACAAAAAUUUAUUUUGUCCUUCGGGAACUGAUUGGAUGGUUGAGGUUUGCUUUUGCUGUGAUGUCAUGUGAGUGACAGGUUGUCCCGCCCUCACGCCAAUUAAGAGGAGUUUAUUUUUUUAAAGAUCAUGAGGGCACAUGAAAAAAAAAAUGAUGUGCAUAGAUACAUUUUGUGUAAUAAAUGUUGCAAUAUUCCAUAAAAAAAAAAAAAAGAUUUCAUAGUGACUUAAAUAUCAUUACAGCACCUUUGACUAAGUGAAAAAAACUUCACACAACGGAAGUAGACAGCUAUCACAGGAACAGAAAGUCUAAUAAUACUCAUAGAUAUCAGGAGAUACAUCAGUUUCCACUCAAAAUGCACCUUCUGUUUACACGCUUUUGUAAUAAUAUGUGUGCCGAUUUACAAACGAUUAUACUUUGGGACCUCAAGCAAUAUGUAAACUGCUUUGCUUUUGUGCAUUGUGAACAGUGUGGUCCACUGACUUUAGUAGAUGUCUGAAAAUGUCAUGAUUUCCUGCAUAAAGACCAGUACCUGUUAUAUUGUUUUAGUAUCACUGGAACAUUCCCGAUAGAAAGCUACUGUAAUCCUGCUGGAUUGGCACCUGCCACCUACUGCCAUACUUCACCUUCUUCAGUAUGUCUCAAUGUCAAACGACAGAAAGCUUUUGUUAGUUGAAUAUAAUUGUAUUAUUCAGCAUUAGUUAUUAGUCAGUAUUAGUACUGUGAAUUCAUUUUUUGACACUGUUGGUGUGUUUCUCAACUGAGACUUUUAACUUUUCACUGCUAUGCUGAGAUUGUCAUAGCGUAGUUAAGUAGAGAGCAGGUAUCUCUGCAUUUAUGACUUCAUUGAAGAGUCCUUUAGCAAUAUUUGCAUUUACCUGUUUUUCUCCUACUCUGAAUGUUUGUUGUUGUUCAAUGCUGUUCAAUAGUUUAUUCUCAACAAAUAAUUUAGAUUCUUUUUAAUGUUCACCAAAAUGCACCGAAAACGAAUGAAGAGCACUUGAACUCGAGUGAUAUUGUGGUAAAAUUCCUUUUUAUUUUUAGAAAACAAUGAUGACGGAAAAGCAUGCAGUGUGUCCCAUUGUUUCAUUGUAAAAGAAAUGAGGUUUGACAGCACUGCCUAGUGGCAUUCAUUCUAAUUUUAUACCAGCAUCAGCUUCACUACUGGUUAAACUACUUGCCACAUUGAAUAUUUAUUUAAAUAAUACAUCUUCAGUGCAGCUAUGAGAAAUUUUGACUCAGUAACCCCAGAAUCUGUUAAACUGCCCUUCAACUGUGCCUAUCUGAGUCAGGCUGGGACAUAUUUGUAUUUAUUUCAUUGGUUUCAAUUUUCAGAACGACUGCAUAGAUUGAUAAUGACCUCAUCUCUUUCUGCUGAAAACCAAACCUGUGCAAUAAAUGUUGAAUACUCAUCA